AUUCGAUGAAUCUCCAUAAACGCCACCCCCACCCCUAUAUAUACAUCACAAAUUUCACUUAAUUCGUUGUUACACUAAAAGCAGAUUGUCAUUUGGAGUUUUUACAACAGCAGUGUGUGGUGGUUCUAUGGAAGCUUUCAGCCCGUUUUUUGAUCGUACCACUGAAUCUUGUUUACCACCGGGAUUCAGAUUCCAUCCUACUGAUGAAGAGCUCAUCACAUGUUACCUCUUAAAGAAAGUGCUUGACGGGAGCUUCACCGGCCUGGCAUUCGCCGACGUUGAUCUCAACAAAUGUGAACCCUGGGAUCUUCCACGAAAGGCAAAGAUGGGAGGAAAAGAAUGGUAUUUUUUCAGUCUCCGGGACCGGAAGUACCCAACGGGGCUGAGGACAAAUCGAGCAACAGAGGCCGGAUACUGGAAGGCGACCGGAAAAGACCGGGAGAUCUACAGCUCAAAGACAUCGGCACUGGUGGGGAUGAAGAAAACCCUAGUGUUCUACCGUGGUAGGGCUCCAAAAGGGGUAAAAAGCAACUGGGUGAUGCAUGAAUACCGUCUUGAAGGAAAAUUUGCAUAUCAUUUGCUCUCAAACAACUCCAAGGACGAAUGGGUGAUCUCUCGAGUUUUCAGCAAAACUGGCCUCAAACCUGCCACCGGCAACAGUGUUGAGAACAAAUGGUUGCCAGUCGAGCCAAGCUGUUCAUCCACGGUUACCGCGUCACUCCCACCGCUCCUCGACACAACCGUUUCAAAACCGCAUGUACCCUGUUUCUCCACAGCCUCAACCACUCAAACUCUCUUCGACUUCCCACCACCGGAGCCUCUGACGUCAUACUCUUCAGUGGCACCACCCAUGCACGACGGAGAAGAAACAAGCAACUACGGCGAACACUGCAAGCAGAAACCGGGGCCCACGGAGUUGGACUGCAUAUGGAGCUUCUGAACAAAGGCGGCGGGGGCUUUAAAUGUGUUGUUGAUCGAUCAAUUUGUGGUGUUUUUCAUCGGGGUUUUAGGGUAUUGAAUGUGUGAAUUAAGUGUGGUAGGACGUUAUAUUAUGAGUGGUGUACGUUAGUAUGGUGUAGUCGGUUUUUAUAUGAAUUUGGUCUUUGGUGGGCAUACGUUGUACCUGUUUUCUAAGUGGUUUAGUGUAGGAUAACCUAUUUAUGACCUUGUACUUUGUCUUGCAUUUUUGGAACCUAUUAGUUAUGAUCACUACUAAUCGCUUGCUGUAUUUACACAAUCUUCGAUUGUAAAGUUUUGUUUUCGGUGGAUAUAUAAUAGGUGUCAUGAAGUUUAUAUUAUAAA